AUGGAGUAUCGAGGUGGCGACCGUGGUCCACGAGGUGGAUACGGAGGUGAUGAUGAUACGUCGUGGUACACUCGCAGAAGAUACCCUGCUCAUGAUAGCGAUUGGGACGAUGAGCGACGUCCUCCGCCUCGCCGCGAUGGCGACCGACGUGGACGUGGUGGACGCGGUCCACCUACAGGGCGGCGCAGCGCUGGCGUGCGUCUGAGUCCCCCCCCACCCGGCACGAUUCGAUUGCGUGACCGGGUCGUGCCUUCGUCGCAAUGGGACGUCCCUGCACCUGGGUUCGAAGUCCUGGACGCCCUUGCGGCGAAGUCCACGGGUCUUUUUGGCGCCCCUGUCAAUGCAGGUGCUGCCGGUAUGAUGAUGAUGGGCGUGCGCGAUGCGAUGCCCAGUACCUUGCCACCCAGUGCCUUACCAGAUGCCAAUCCCACCACAGCCGCGGCUGUGUCGAAUGCGUUCGUGCAAGUGCAUGCACGUCGCUUGCAUGUCACAGGUGUGCGUUCGCCCAUGACGUCGGAGUCCUUGCAGGCGUUCAUCAAUGCCAAGAUGAACGAGCGUUUGCUCUGUUCCAGUGGCAGUAUGGAGCCAUGCUUCCAUGUACGUGUACAGGACGACAAAGGCACGGCCACGCUUGAAUUCCGCAAUCCGGAUGAGGCGACCAAUGCACUGUCGCUCGAUGGCGUCUACUUUGUGGGCUACCCGCUUUCGAUUCAACGUCCACGCGACUAUGUGGGCCCUGACAUUGUGCCGCCGCCUGGCGCGGUGGAGACGACGGUGCCAGAUGGACCUAAUAAACUAUUCAUCGGCAAUGUGCCGAUCUUUCUUGAUGAAGGUCAAGUAAUGGAGCUCUUGAAAGCGUUUGGCGAAGUGCGGCACUUUGACUUGAUUCGGGAUGAAGAGACACAGCGCUCACGUGGGAUGGCCUACUGUGAGUUUGUGGAGGAGGCCGUGACCGAUAUGGCCUGUGAAGGUCUGGAUGGGCUCGAAGUGGGCGAACAGCGCCUCGUUGUGCGUCGUGUGAUGGCGCCGAGUAAUGCGCCGCCUGCUGAUGAUGUCCAGGAGACAUCAGAUAACCCUACCCGUGCGAUGUUGAUGCUCAAUAUGGUCACAGCAGAGGAGCUUAUGGACGAUUCCGAGUACGCCGAUAUCAUGGAGGAUGUGCGUAGCGAAUGUGAGCGUCAUGGCAUUGUGACAUCCGUGUACAUCCCACGGCCGCUACGCGAUGGUAUGCCGGGUCAAGAGCCAAAGGGUGUCGGCCGCGUAUACGUGCAAUUCGAUACGGUCCCGGCGUGUGAAGCCGCCUUUAAGGCGAUUGCCGGACGACAGUUUGAUGGGCGAACUGUGAUUUGUGCCUAUGUACGGGAAGACGCAUGGCCUGAACAGCCCGUGCUCGAAUCGUAG